AUGAGUUUUGCCGGCAGUUCGAUGUACGUCCUUGGAGUGCCAGCAGAGUCUCCCGAAGGCGCCGCGGAGAUACAUCGAAUCGACUUCCGCUCCCUGAAGUGGAGCCGCUUUGCCUCCUUGCAGAGCUUGCCGGAUCGGGAGGUCGGCGAUGCAGUCUUGCUUGCAGCGCCCGCGCACGGCAGGCUGUACUUGAUGUAUGACGACGAGCCCGUCUUGUAUUCCAUACCCCUGCCGAAGUCUGAUGAUGUGGAUGGAAGUUCAGGAAGUUCUCGUGAGACGGGUGGUCCUGAGGCUGUGCAGUGGACUGCCUUACCCGGUAGACAGCACAAGACCCGUGGAUUUGCCACAGCUGCUGUGAGCCGCGGAAUCUAUGCUUGUGGAGGCAUCGUGGAUGCUUACGACGAGUACGAUGAUCAAAGCCCACCAGUCCGCGAGGCAGAAUGCUUCGAUGUCGUAACAGGGACCUGGGAUGCGAUUCCUCCGAUGCUAACUGCACGUUGGGGUGGUACUGCUGCCGGCGUGGGAGGAAAGCUCCUUAUUUGCGGUGGGACGGAAUGCUCAGAGUUUGACAUCACAAGCGGGCGCUACUACUGGACAAAGUCGAGGUAUUCGAUUUGGCAUCAAAGGCGUGGUGCCAACUCCGCUUUUGAAGCCAAGGAUGCGGCCUGUUCUGGGAGGUGCCGGCCAUGUUCUCGUCAUGGGAGGUACAGGCUUGAGGACGAGGAUGCCGACAGCCAUGCUUGGGGAGGCCCGGACAGUGAGGAGUGCAUAACGAUACCUGAAGAGGAGCGCUCAAUUCCCGAGGCUUUGCAUGAUUGCGAGUACUGGUGUCCAGGGCGUCCUGCCUGGACAGCCAGCAGUAUGCCGUUUCCGAACACACGCUGCAUUCAUGCGGGAGUCGUCUUUGUGCAGAAGUCGAGCUGGCAAGAAUCUGCCAACUGGGCUUAG